AUGGAAAACAACAAAGAGCCAACAGCGCCAAUUGCACCGGCUAUAACUACAGGACCAGCUACGGAUUCCAUAGUAGAAGCACCGAUUGAUCCAAAUACAGUGCCGGCGGAUAGCACAGUGCCGCCCACAGCGGCGCCGACAGCCCCUGAAGCAAACCCGACACCCGAACCUACAGCCACAAGAUCACUGCCGACAUCCGAUCCAAUGGCAAUAAUACCGGCGGAAAGUGGACCUCCGCCACAAUACAAUGAAAGCAGACACAAGAAAGACGCAAUCACAACUCCUGCACCGGCUGUUACAUUACCACAAACCAACGAGAAAGGCACACCAAUUGGUCUGCAAGUUCCAGUCGCCCAUCGAGUGAUUCAACUAGCGCAGCUUGGCGAAGAGCCGGGACGAAUCUGUUGUCCGUUUUGCUUCCACGAGGUUCAGACCAGGGUGAACAAGGAGAGCACCAGCGCUACAUCUAUGGCAGCCGUAUGCUGUUGUCUCUUCGGUGGAAUCUGCUGUGCAUUCCUACCAUUCUGUAUGGAGAUGUGUCAUGACUCCCACCACUUCUGUACAAACUGCGGCGUACAAGUAGCAAUUCAUCCACACGAAGGCCCUGUGCAGCAAUUUGGACCUAACUCCCCAGGGGCAAUUAUCCAAGCGCCGGGCCGUAUCCAACCGCCUGAGGCAGUUAUGAAGAACUAA